AUGUGCAAAGGAAGAAGAAAUAAUUCAAGCAUGGGUCAAGCUAAUAAUAAGCAGCGAGGAUCGGAGCAAAUAUCUUUUAUGUUGAAAAUUUUAAUGUUGACCUUAUGUGUUAGCAAAACAACUCAACUGGGUUUAAUAACGUCUUCAUCAUCGUACUCGGUGGGAAAUAUUCAAGGUUGUAAAAUUUCUAUUUCAAAUAAUGAAUUUUAUGACUACCAAGAAUUUCCGCAUAAUAAAAAUAAACUAAAAUUUCUUCGAUGUAAUAAUAUCACAGUUGCAGAUAUCAAUCGUGAUAAGCAUGUCUCCGAUGUUAUUUAUAAAGGAGUCAUACUAGAAAAUGUAAAAAUAAAAACAUCAGACGAACUAACAGUGAUUAGUGAGCAACAGACUGAAAUUAUAAAGUAUGCCAAUAGUGAAUUAAUGGAUGAGCAGCUUCAAAAAAUAUUCCAAGAGAGAAACUGGAUUGGACUCAAGGUACUGGAUGUGAAUGGCAAUCGAAUAGAAAAACUGAAUCGAAAAACUUUUAAAAAGACUCCUCAACUUCGUGUUUUAAAUCUCUCUCAUAAUCACAUUAAACAAUUGGAUGACAGCGGAAUGUUCGAAGAUCUUCAUAAUCUAAAUGAAUUAUAUUUGGGUAGUAACAAACUCACAAACUUUAGUAAGAGUGAUGAAGUUUUUCACAAUCUGAAACAACUCACUAUUCUUGAUCUUUCAAAUAACACAAUUAACAAUAUCGAACGUCAUAUGUUCAAUGGAUUGGACAGUCUUAUUAAGAUUAACAUGUCAAAUAAUAAACUUUAUAUUUUACCAUAUCAAGUGUUUGAAAGUAUGAAAUCAGUUGAAGUGGUUGAUCUAUCAUAUAACAUGCUCAUUUCAUUCCUCGACAAUUUUUUCGUUCACAAUACAAAGAUGAAAGUUCUUAAAUUGGACCACAAUAGGAUUGCAAAAAUCAACAAGAAUUCAUUGUACGGUUUGAAGGUUCUUAACGCACUCGAUCUUUCCUAUAAUGAUCUUUUCACAGUUGAUCGUAAUGCAUUUGACACUCUCGAUGCAUUAAAGUUCUUAAAUCUCGCAAAUAAUCAGAUUCAAUUACUCUCAGCAAACGUUUUUCUGUCUUUGAAGCAAUUACAUUCACUUGACUUGAGUAAUAAUAAAUUGAUAAAUCUACCAAUUGGCAUUUUUGCUCAUCAGUAUGAAUUGAGUGAUUUGAGAAUAGACAACACUCACCUUACUAAGCUCAGCAAUUGGAUCAGUAGGAGUAACACAAACGAAACAAUCAAUACACAAAUUCUGAAUAAUUUAAAAUAUGUUUCCUUAAAAAACAGCACACAUCUGACUGAUGUCGAGUCAUGUUUUCUCCAAAAUAUGAGGAAUGUUGAGAGACUUUACAUAACGAAAAGUCAAAUAUGUUCCUGGCCACAAGGAAUCGAUAAAAUGAAAAAUUUGGUGGAACUUGACUUGUCUGAUAAUCGUUUGGAGUUCAUACCGCAAGGUAUAAAAUACUUAAAUGAACUUCAAUUGCUAAACCUCCUAGGGAAUGAUCUUCAAUGCGAUUGUCAUAUGUUUUGGAUGAUAAGUUGGAUUGAUGAACUAAAACUAAAAAAUCAAACAUUACCUUACGAGCUCCUAAGACUUUCAGAACUUAAAUGCAGAAACGGUUAUCCGGGUGACAUCAUUCGGGUAUUGCAACAUAUAAAUUGCGUGAAACCCUAUUUAAUCUAUGCAACUAAAGAUCAGGAAUAUCAAAUAUUCACUGAUGUCAUUCUCGAGUGCAGUUUCGCUGGAAUUCCGGCACCAGAAAUCGUAUGGAGAACACCACAUGGAGAAAUUCUUCGACUGAAUGAAAAUGUCCCUACAAGUUUCUCAACUAGACUUCAACUUGAACAACUCCAUCAUUCGGUUCUUAAAGAUACCCUCAUAAAUUUGAGAUAUCACGAAGUCAUUGAAAAUUCUAUGCAAUCAAAGAAUUUAAGUGAAAAACAUCGACAAGGACAUGGCAUAACGUUACUCGAAAAUGGACGUUUGAAAGUUCAAAAUAUAUCAAGAUUGGACAGUGGACUUUACUCUUGUUUUGCAGUCAAUAUUAUGGGCAAUUCGACAAAUGAUGUUAGUGUGAUCAUGGAGGGAAUAAAGGAUGUUUCGUCGCAGACAGUAUCGGAAGCCGUUACAAAAUCUACAACAAAUUCAGUGAAUCCUUCACUCCUUACAAAAAUCACAGAAAUAGUUUCAAAUGAGUCACGUGAUGAAAGUCAUGGGACAAUGAAGGGGAUGCGCUUCUCUAAUGUUGACUACACCGUGUUUUUCAUAAUGUUGGCAAUGUCAGCCCUAAUUGGAAUUUAUUUUGGAUUUAUUUCGAAAAAGAAACAAAACAAUACAGAAGAAUAUUUGUUAGGAGGGAAGAAGAUGAAUUUCUUUCCUAUCGCAGCUUCUUUAAUUGCAAGUCAUAUUAGUGGAAUUACGUUGAUGUCCAUUCCAGCAGAAAUGUAUGCAUAUGGGACACAAUAUUCCGUCAUGAUUGUAUCAGCCUUUACUGUUGGUUUUGCAUUGAUUUAUAUUUAUCUUCCGGUCUUCUAUGAACUGCAAUUAACUUCUUCAUUUCAAUAUCUUGAGCUCCGGUUCGACAAGAGCGUGCGUUUGACUGCAAGCUGUAUUUACGCAAUAUCAGUCAUCAUUUUUGUACCGAUCAUUGUCUAUGUGCCAGCGCUUGCAUUCAGUCAAGUUUCAGGAAUCAACCUUCAUAUUAUCACUUUGAUCACAAGUAUAAUUUGUAUAUUCUACACGACAGUCGGAGGUCUUAAAGCUGUAGUUUGGACUGAUACACUUCAGUUUCUUGUUAUGAUUGGUGCGAUAUGUUGCGUUAUAUUUCUAGGCUUAGAUACGACUGGUGGAGUUGAAAAUGUAUGGAAAGCAGCUAAUCGUGGCGAGAGAAUAAUCUUUUUUAAUAUGGACCCGAAUCCUUUCGUUCGAUCAUCAUUUUGGACGGUUUCAAUUGGUUUAACAACCUUAUGGAUCUCUAACCUUGGCGUCAGUCAGACGUGUAUUCAAAGAUUUCUUGCUGUUCCUGAUAUAAAGUUCGCUAAAAAGUCUGUUUGGAUCUUUGUGUUUGGCUUGAUAUUUAUAAAAGGCGCUUCUUGCAUUGUCGGUCUUAUCAUGUAUGCGAAAUAUGAAGAAUGCGAUCCUAUCGCAAUGAAACAAAUAGAUAAGGUCGAUCAAAUACUUCCAUUUUUUGUAAUGGAAGUUGCUGGAAAAAUUCCCGGUUUGCCUGGAGUUUUUAUUGCUGGAAUUUUUUCAGCUGCACUUUCAUCAAUGUCUUCUGGUCUGAAUACUUUAGCUGGCACCAUUUACGAAGAUUUUAUUCGGUGUCACUAUCCAAAGGCAUCUGAAAAACGUGUCAGUGAUGUAAUGAAGCUUCUGGUUGUUAUUUUAGGAAUUUUAAUACUUUCACUGGUAUUUGUUGUCGAGCAUAUGGGCCAAGUGUUUAGAAUUUCAAUAGCAGUAUCGGGACUCACAGCAGGAGCUCUUUUAGGAUUAUUUACAAUUGGCAUGAUGUCACGUUAUGUCAAUACAAAAGGAGUGAUUUGUGGUGCAGUUGGAUCAAUGAUCGUUGUUGGAAUUAUCAUGAUUGGAGCACAGUCCUUACCGAAACAUCCACCGCUAGCAUCGAGAGUCGAUGGUUGUGAAAAAGAUUUUAACAUCACUUUCUUGUCAGACCUUAAUAAAGAAAUAGAUGAGAAGUCUGUUGACGAUAUUCCGCUAGUAUUUAAGCUUAGCUUCAUGUAUUACACACUUCUUGGAACAACUUUACUCAUCAUUAUAGCCUACAUUGUCAGUGCCUUCACAGGUGGUUGUGAGCCUUUUGAUGAGCGCUUAUUGGCUCCAUUUAGAAGAAGUAAAAACUGGGAAUCCAGAAUUAAAAAAAAUGAAAACGUGGAAGUUUUAUACAAAGAAAUUCAUCCACUAGAAGAACUUAGAAAUAUUGUUGCAUCGUCUGAAAGAAGAUUAUUACUCAUCGAUCCAAUUAUUUUUCUACAAGUGAAAAUGGACGCUUUGUUGACCGGAUCUAUUUGUGCACUUGGGUUCCUUAUAUUGACGCUCAUAUUUCAAAUCAUUAGAAAGAUUUUCAUACGGUUUCGCAUCAUCGAAAAGAUCUGUAUGAAUUGCUGUUCUUUAUGCUACAGAAAUGACAAAACAAAGACAAAAGCUCGACAAAUUUAUGCUAUGCUUGAUAGCAUUGAACAUUACAAGAGUCAGCAGUUAGAGAAAUUGAGAGAGAAUUAUAAUCAGCAGGUCGCAAAAAUUCGUGAAAAUUGUACUCAACAAUGUGAUUGGAUUCAGAACAGCUACUCGUCUCAAGCAAAAAAUCUUCGUGACAUUCGCGAUAUUGGCAGCCAUCAUAUCUCUUCGAUGAGGGAUCAAUACAAUGAUCAAGUGAGACGUGUUCGUGAUUAUUCAACUGGUCAAUUAAAUUGGGUUCGUGAAAAUUAUGUGUUUCAACGUAACAAAAUUCGUAAAUUCAGUGCCCAUCAAGCAUUAAGAUUAAGAGAAGGCUACAAAUAUCAACAGCAAACACUAAACAAAGUUCUCGAGAAUCUUCCAAGUUUUUAUUUUGAAAAUUGUCGCGGUCGUGUUGAUGACGACGAUGAUAAUCAGACAAUGGAUGAAAAUUUUGAAAUUUAUCUGAAAACAAAAAUUGAAAAACUUUCGCAGAUUGAAACAGAAAAUCUCGACUGCAAAUCUCGAGAUUAUCAUGAACAUUUUAGCGCCAAAUCAUUCGAUGAAAGUAAAGCGUCGGUGUAUUUUACGCCUAAUGAUGGACAUUUCAGUCCACAACCACUUCAAGGAUCUCCUAUUCACAUCAAUUAUAUCAGCGAAGAAGUGAAUGAUUCUGAGGUAGCCAGUUAUAGUGGAGAUUGGCAUGGUUUAGUCAGUCAACCUGAGUUGAGAAAUCAUCAUCCAGGAAAGAGAAAUAAUUUGACAUUUGCAAGAGAUUAUAUCGAUGAGACUGAAGAGUCUUCAAUGGGGAAUUUUAUUAUUCCCGAUCCUGAUUACAGAAACUAUAAUGUUCGUGGAUCUUCCAGUGAACAAUCUCAGAAUGAUAUGAAAACUACAUCAUUACUGUCACUAUCGUCAACAAACUCAAAUACCGAAUGGAGUAGCAAAGCAAGAAAGAAGGAAAAAGUGCAUAAUGAAAAUCGACAAAGAUCGCGUCAUUCAGUUGAGCAUGAGACUCUUCUAAUGCAUGACAGGAUGGAGAAAGCUGUGAGCACAGGUGCUAGACCAAAGAUUUAUUAUGGAAGAAACAAUUAUAAGGACAGUUGUGUUGAAAAAGCUGCCAAUGAAAUAAAGAAAAUAAAUUACCAAGUGAAGCUCGAUGAAAAAACUGGAAAGUGUAUAUCAACAUCAGCGAAUAAUAAAAGUGAUGUUCCAGCUACUUGUUAUAGCAAUGAAAAUCCAGUAAUUAUAGAGAAGAAUUUAAAUAGUCAUACAAGUAGCAGCCUUCCAGACCUUCAAACGACAUCAUUUUCAUCUCCUUCGUCGAUAGCUACGUCGAUUUCUUCGAUAAGUAACAAUCAAAUAAUGCAAGGAAACAGAAAAAAAAUGGCUUUACUAUUGAAGGAAUCGCUAGAAAACGACAAUUGCAUUAAUCAAGUUGAUUGCGCAACAAAAGGCGAAGGCGAAAAAAGCGGAAAUAACAUCAAAAUGAAUAUUGAUACAACAUCAAAUAAUUCAUCAUCGACGUCUUCAAAUAAUAUUGAAUCCGAUCUGGAGGCUAUAUCCACAAAAGAUACAUUGUAAAAUUCUUGUGAUUAAAAAAAUUGGGAUGCUGAUUUUGGGUCUUUAAAACUAUUAGGCAUUAGUUUGAGAUUUUCGUUAUAUUUACAUGUAGAUGAAAUCAUUACUAACCGUGGAAUUGCGAUGAACUAAUCGCUCAAUGAACAAAGUCAGUUCAGCGACGUAACAAAUUGUUGCGUAAACUCGUUUUUUUGAACCACUAAUAAACAGACUUGGCUUGAAUUGAAUCGUAACAAGUCGAACAAUAAGACAAUUCUUAUUGCUUAAUUUUUCUUUACGACUUGAUUUUUUACUUACAAAAAGUUUACGACUUGUUAAUUCGACGAUUCGUAAAUUUAGUGGUGCGAAUUAGACAAACGUUUAUAAGUUUAUCGCUCUUCCACUGUAAUAGUUUUUCAAUAUGAUUUAUUCACCCAAGUUCAUCAUCAAAUAGUUCUUCUCCAAAAGUAUGUUUAUUUUCCGAGAAUCUUCUAAGUUUCUUGGAAUUUUCUUAGUGUUGUCGGUCAAUUUUUUCUGAUGAAUUAACCCUUGGUUUUUGUUAAUCUCAAAUUUUUAAUUUCUCCAAUUAUCAUCAUCAAAUCAGAAUUUAAUCGAAAGAACAGUAGAAUGAUAAUUUAUAUGAAUGAUGAAAACAAAAAGAAUUAAAAUUUUAUGAAAGGUAACAUCAGAUAAAAUUUAGUCGUGAAAACGUAAAAAAUAUUUAUCAACUUCAAGUGGGAAUCGGAAUUCUUCUAAGGAUGGAAGUUUUGAUACCGAAAUACGUUUAAAGGACAGUGUUAAUUAUAGUGUAAGUCUAAGUGUGUUUCUGCAUUCGUAUUCGGUGAUCUUUUGAUCUUCUGUUAUCUUUUACAAAAUAUUAAUUCUGUUUGUAAUAUUUUUCAAGUUGUUUUGUGGUUUAAAUUUCUUUCUCAAUAUGUAAAAUGUAUAUAUAAAUAUAUAUCUAAAGAUACACUACUAAGAGGAAUAAAAGAUUUCAAAAAUGUUAGAGAAAUG